AUGGCGAUAAAUGUUGACUAUUAUUUGAAUCGGAUACGUUCCACAGUAACUUCAGUAGCAGCGCAAGUAAGCAAUGCUUUACCGGGAAAUCCGGUAACACGAGAUUAUGAGAUAUUAUCACAAGUUGGAAGUGCUGGGCCGGCGUUCAAUUGGAAAGUUUAUGCGGCGCAGAAACGUUCAACUAAAAAGGCUGUUUCGGUUUGGUUAUUUGAGAAACGAAACUUGGAAAAAUGGCCAAGAUAUGAAAGAGAAUUAUUCUUGGAAAUUAUGAAGAGAGGAGUAUCGCAACUCACUCGAUUAAGGCAUCCACGAAUUCUUGUUAUUGAGCAUCCACUCGAGGAAUCUCGAGAUUCAUAUGCUUUCUGUACAGAGCCUGUGUUCGCAUCAUUAGCUAACGCUUUAGGACGCUUAGAUAAUAUAACUCCUCAUCCGGCACAUUUAGAUGAAUUCGAACUUUUGGAUAUUGAAAUUCGCUAUGGACUUUUUCAAGUUAUUGAAGCUUUAUCAUUUUUGCAUAUUGAUGUACGCAUGAUGCAUCGAAAUAUAUCCCCUGAAAGUGUGAUGAUUAAUGAAAAAGGGGAAUGGAAACUUGCAGGUUUCGAUUUUUCAGCGCAAGGUACACAAGGUACCAAUAGUCAGGUGGUAUAUGAAAUGCUGGAAUGGAAUCAACGAACGAUGUCCGUUGUCCAACCAUUGCUAGAUUAUCUGGCUCCAGAAUAUGUGAUUGGUGGUCGGUGUGACACAUAUGCUGAUAUGUUUUCGUUUGGAAUUAUGGCGCUAACAGUUUUUAAUAGAGGAAAGCAACCGUUUGAUAACAGAAAUUCGUUGGAUAAUUUUCGCAGAAAUAUUGGAAAGUUAAACACAUUGCCUGUGUCGAUUUUUGUAAAUGUUCCUGCCGAAGUUCGUGAUGAUCUUAAAAUGUGCUUGAAUCUUACGCCUGAUCUCCGACCUGAUGCUACUCAAUUUUCCAAAAUUAUUUACUUUGAUGAACCGUUAAUUCGAACACUGAACAGUUUGGAUUCUUUGUGUCAAAUGGACUACACACAGAAAAUGAAUUUCUUCAAGCAAUUACCUCAGUUCUUGGUGAAAUUCCCAAAACGGCCACUUAUACAAAAAAUCCUUCCACAACUAUGUGCAGAAUUUAUUGCCACAGAAUUAGUGCCAUUUAUUCUUCCUAGUGUUUUUCAUAUUGUUGGAAUAACCAAUAACGAUGAAUUUACGGCAGCCGUUCUGCCGCAGCUAGUCCCAAUAUUUACUCUUGAAAGACCGUACCAAAUUUUGUUGCUGUUUUUGCAAAAUAUGGAUCUCUUAUUGCAAAAAACAAGCGAAGAAGAUGCCCGUAAAUAUCUUCUGCCUUUAAUUUGUAAUGCUUUAUCUAGCGAGACUGUGAAAAUCCAGGAAUUGUGUCUUUCGAUCGUCCCGAAAGUUGCCACAAUGAUUGAAAGACAAUCUAUGAAAGCAGAAGUUCUACCCAAACUACUAUUACUAAUUGUUGAUGGAGGAGGAGUAUUAACUAUACGAGUUCAAGCACUAUUGUGCAUAGGGAAGUUGUUACCCUCUCUUGAGCCAUGGAUGGUGACGGAUCAAAUAAUUCCAGCUUUGCCCAAAGUGGUUAGUCGAGAGCCAGCAAUUCUUAUGGCUAUUUUGGGAAUCUACAAAUUAGCAUAUGAAGAGAGUCGUAUCGGUAUAACCCGAGAACAAUGCGCCAAAAGCAUUUUACCUUUUCUAAUUGCUUCUUCUAUGGAGAAUGCAUUGAAUAUGCCUCAGUUUGAGCAGUACAUGGCAUUAAUACACCGCAUCCUAGACAGGAUUGAGAAGGAACAACGACAACGACUGCAACAGUUAAGUGCUAGUCAAGAGGAACAGCGUAGUAUUGGCGAAUUUGCUAGUGUAUUUGGACAACCAGCUGUUCAAAACAAGAGUUCAUUGUCUGGCAGUCUAUCAGAUUUGGUUAUCGAUGGAUCAACGGAUGGAGCACUAAAUGGUAUUAAUAAAAAUACUGGACUGUUAAGUCUUGCUGAUAAGAAACGAUUAGCGGCCGCACAGGAGCAGAGCCUGCGAAUGCGCAACCAACCGAAACUUUUGCAACCAGUCAGUUCUGAGGAAAGCAUAAAUAAGAACCAAUUUACAUGCUCAAAUUUAGUUACCUCACCAAUCGAUUCUGCUCUUGAGGAAGUUGGUUGCAAUUCGUUGAUACCCUCUACUUCCAUUUCAACACAUCAGACCUGCAUAGAUUUGUCUGAUUUUUUCCCUGCAUCAUCAUUCACCAAAAAGGUCGAAAAUGAAAGUAUACUGAACAAUUCGGAUAGCCCUCUUUGGCCAGAUCCAUUCAAAACGGAACCAGACAAAUUGACAUCAUUUAUGUUUCAACCAACAGUUAAUAUAGUCAAUUUACCUGAUCCACCAGUUGUACAAAAUCCAGUGGCUAGAAGUAGUUCAAACCAACGGAUGACAGCUAAUCGAACAGGAAAUGUGUCAUUGAAUGAAGUGGACCGAAAAUUAAACAUGACUGCUUUGGAUGAUAUUGUGUGUUUUCCGGCUAAACUUAAUGGUAAAAAUAAUUUUUCGCUGAACUCACAGAUCACUCAUUCUAAACAAAGUAAUCUAACCAAUGAUAUCUUUGAUGAUCUGCUGGGUUGA